AUGACCAUUGAUCCGCUGACCAAAUGGAUGAGUUCGUCUGUUAACCAAGUAGAUGGGCUAUCCCACUCCUCAGAGGAGACUCCUAGUCACGUCUUAAAAUGCCACCUCUUUUCCUCUCCAAAUGGAAGUUCAACUUCAACUUGGAAGGAGCAAACCAUGUUUCAGCCCCUAGCACGGGAGCAACAGGGAUUCCUUGAGGCUACACCACAAGUGUGGUAGGUGGGCUCCCUGGGACCAAGCCAGCAGCGAUCCAGACCUCUAGAGAGCCCGACCUUAUCUACUGCAGAGGUGGAAGUUAUAUCCCAAGACCAGUAAGGUGCAGGUCUCUGGGAAGACCAAGAGCGAGAGCUUUCCUGAAGCCCCCAAUUUGUGCCAGAAAAUCUCAGCACCAUUAGAAUAAGGCUACAGCAAGUGACUUGUCAUGGUGCCUGUGAUGUGCUCCAGCGAGCGCCCAGGCUCUACAGGUGACCCAGCGCCACAGCCACUCCGACGCCACCACCUUAGCUGCCAUCACCGCAGACUCGAGCCCCAGCCUAAGCAGUGUCCUGUCUGAUGGCAUCCCAUGUCCCAGCAGGUGCCACCAUGCCAGUGAAGAAGUACUUGCUGAAGUGCCUGCACCGGCUGCAGAAGGGCCCGGGCUACACCUACAAGGAGCUUCUCGUGUGGUACUGUAACAACACCAACACACACGGCCCCAAACGCAUCAUCUGCGAGGGCCCCAAGAAGAAGGCCAUGUGGUUCCUGCUCACGCUGCUCUUCGCCUGCCUGGUGUGCUGGCAGUGGGGCGUCUUCAUCCAGACUUACCUGAGCUGGGAGGUCAGCGUCUCCCUCUCCAUGGGCUUUAAGACCAUGAACUUCCCGGCGGUCACCGUCUGCAAUUCCAGCCCCUUCCAGUACUCCAAAGUCAAGCACCUGCUGAAGGACCUGGAUGAGCUGAUGGAGGCGGUCUUGGACAGGAUUCUGGCUCCAGGGACUGGUCACACCAACACCAGCAGUGCCCUGAACUUCACCAUCUGGGACCACACACCCCUGGUGUUCAUUGAUGAACGGAACCCUGACCACCCACUGGUCCUCGACUUGUUUGGGAACAGCCACAACAGCAGCAGUCCAGCCCCAGGAAGCAUCUGCAAUGCCCAGGGGUGCAAGGUGGCCAUGAAGCUGUGCAGCGACAAUGGGACUGUGUGCACCUUCCGGAACUUCACCAGUGCCACCCAGGCCGUGACUGAGUGGUACAUCCUGCAGGCCACCAACAUCUUCUCACAAGUGCCUCGAAAGGACCUGGUGGGGAUGGGCUAUGCCCCUGAUCGCAUAAUCCUAGCCUGCCUCUUUGGGACAGAGCCCUGCAGCUAUCGGAACUUCACACCUAUCUUCUACCCAGAUUACGGCAACUGCUACAUCUUCAACUGGGGCAUGACAGAGAUGGCGCUUCCUUCUGCCAACCCUGGGACUGAAUUUGGUCUCAAGUUGAUCCUGGACAUCGGCCCGGAGGACUAUGUCCCCUUCCUUGCGUCCACAGCAGGGGCCAGACUGAUGCUUCAUGAACAGCGGACAUACCCCUUCAUCAAAGAAGAGGGCAUCUACGCUCUGACCGGAACUGAGACGUCCAUCGGGGUGCUGGUGGACAAGCUGCAGCGCAAGGGGGAACCCUACAGUCCUUGCACCAUGAACGGCUCCGACGUCGCCAUUCAGAACCUGUACAGUGAUUACAACACGACAUACUCCAUCCAGGCCUGUCUCCAUUCCUGUUUCCAAGACCUCAUGAUCCGUAACUGCAGCUGCGGCCACUACUUGUACCCGCUGCCCGCUGGGGAGAGGUACUGCAACAGCAGGGACUUCCCAGACUGGGCCUACUGCUACCUAAGCCUGCAGAUGAGCGUGGCCCAGAGAGAGACCUGCCUCAGCAUGUGCAAGGAUUCCUGCAACGACACGCAGUACAAGAUGACCAUCUCCAUGGCUGACUGGCCUUCCGAGGCCUCUGAGGAUUGGAUCUUCCAUGUCCUAUCUCAGGAGCGGGACCAGAGCGCAAACAUCACCCUGAGCAGGAAGGGCGUUGUCAAACUCAAUAUCUAUUUCCAAGAGUUCAACUACCGCACCAUUGAGGAAUCACCAGCAAACAAUAUCGUGUGGCUGCUCUCGAACCUGGGGGGCCAGUUUGGCUUCUGGAUGGGGGGCUCAGUGCUGUGCCUCAUUGAGUUUGGGGAGAUCAUUAUCGACUUCAUUUGGAUCACCAUCAUCAAGCUGGUGGUCUUCUGCAAAGGCCUGCGCAAGAGACGGCCACAGGCAUCGUACACUGGCCCGCCACCCACUGUGGCUGAGCUGGUGGAGGCCCACACCAACUUUGGCUUCCAGCCUGAUACAACCAGCCAUAGCCUCUAUGCCGAGGUCUACCCUGACCAGCAGACUCUGCCCAUUCCAGGCACCCCACCCCCCAACUAUGACUCCCUGAGGCUGCAGCCUUUGGACACUGUGGAGUCAGACAGUGAAGUCGAGGCCAUCUAGACCCCACCCCGCCGAGCCACGGGUGAACUCAAAAGCUGGAAAGUUAUAACCAUCGCCAGUGCUUCAUUUUAUUAGGCUCAUCCAUAGAGCCAGCAACACAGUGCCCACACCAGAGCCCAGUGUCUCUCUAGAGAAGCCAGCAGUAACUGGUCAGCCCCAAGCUGAAGGAUCCAUAGGGUCAAGAUGCCGGUACCAGUUAAUACUGAAGUUGUAACCUUGCCUGGCUCCUGCCCACACUUCCCAGUCUUUCCUCUUUGUCUUUUGGCCUAGUAGACAGGCUCCAGAGGCCCCUGAAUUCCCUCUCCGGGUGGCAGGCCACUAACCUCUAUGUGUGUUACCACCUCAGUCCUCCAGAGUCAGUGAUCCUGCCCUAGUCGGCCUUGGUUGACCUAGUACCAGACUGGGAGUGGGGUGAGCAGAUAAUGGGGAGGGAGCAUCGGGUAAGAAGUCUUUUCUGGGGAGCACACGCUUUGUCUAGAAAAUAAAGAGAGAAAACACUGA